AUGGCCUCCACUCGUCAAGAUGCAGCCGCUUCGGCUUCAUAUAUCACACUAGCCCGCUUCUUCCAGCAACCUGGUACGCGCUGGCUCGCAAUUGCAGGUAUCGGCACCGGCUCGCUCCUCGUCGCUGCACAGUUCUUUCCAAGAUCCUCCUCGACAAAGAGCAAGAGCGACACCUCGUUGGACCGCGAUGACCGGCAACGAGAGUCUUCACCUCCGUCCACUUCGACUGGUAGGACAAAGCGAGAUCGCUUCAAAGAGAACAUCGAACCGAUUGCCAUCUUUUGGGACGUGGACAACUGUGCACCACCCACAGGCUCCUCAGGUCGUUCCGUUGCGCUUGCUGUGCGCAGCGCAAUCCAAAACCUUGACGUAGGCCCCAUCGUCAGCUUCAAGGCCUACCUCGAACUCUCUUCUGAAACACAAACGCCCAAUGCAGCCCAAGUCCAGCUCAGAAGCGAGCUCCAAGGAUGCGGCGUCAGCCUGAUCGACACCCCGAAGAGCGGCAGAAAGGAUGUCGCUGACAAGAUGAUGAUCACUGAUCUACUCGCCUAUGCCAUCGACCAGCCCGCUCCCGCUACUGUCGUCCUCAUUUCUGGCGACCGCGACUUUGCUUAUCCGCUCGGUAUUCUUCGCAACCGUGGAUACAAUGUCGUGCUCGUGACUCCUCCCAUCGGUGCUGUACCCAUCCUCGAGGCCUCGGCCAACGUCGUCUUGUCUUGGCGUCAAGACGUGCUCGGCGUACAGACCAACAAGGAAGGCAAGCCUUACAGCAGCCACUCCGUUGCGGGUCCUCACACACCUUCCAAACCGGGCUACUCCGGCACUGCCUCUGCGAAUCCACCUUCGUCGACCAAUGGCAAUCAAAGCGGCAGCCUGUCGGCUGGAAAGCCUCCCGGCGCGCUGACACACCAAGACCGUCGGCCAUCGACUCGAACUCUACAACUAUUCGAUCCGCUCAUCAAAUUGCUCGAGCAGAUCAAGAAGGAGGGCAACCCAAAGCCCCUUCGGUCCAUGGUAGCUGCGCGGCUUGUUCAACUGGAUAGGGGCAUCUUUGUCCGUGCCGGUGCAGCCAAAUGGGCAGAGUACGCUGCCGUCGCUGAAGCAGCCGGUAUCGUGACGCUUGGAUCGUCUGGCCAAGCUGGCUACGAGUGGGUCGCACUCAAGGACACGGCCAAGGCUGCCUCAACGUCCCUUCCCAUGAUGCCAAGCACCUCGUCCUCCUCUUCCAGCUCCACACCCCUGCGUCAGAAGCCAGCUCCAUACAACACAACUCCGAGCAGCCUUGCAAGCGAUUCAGCCAAACUCAAACCCUUUCUCCCACUCAUCGAGAUCUGCAAGGAGCAGAGAGCACAAGGCACCCUCAAACCGCUUUGCUCCUUUGUCGGCAUGCAGCUUUCCGCUCUCGCACGCUCGGGCAUUGUAGACGCAUAUGCGCUCGCUGGUGUGCAAGGAUGGAGAGAAUACAUCGCCGGGGCCGAGAAGGCCGGAGUAGCACGACCUGCUCCGACCGACCAGGAAGGCGUCCUCGUAGUCGAGCUACAUCCCAAAUACUUGCAAAUGCACACCGAUCAGAUCAUGCCCAGCGCUAGUCGCAUUGCGGACACGGCCACGACACCGUCGCCUUUGAUCGACAAGAAGGUAUCGGCGAUCAAGCGGACUCUGCUGGAUUUUGGCUCGUCCAAGAACACGCCCAAGGCAGAGUCACCGCUCAAAGGAGCCGGCAUAUCGAAGCGACGCACCAUCGUCAACGGUCACGAUAUCCCCCUCGUCUUCUCUCCCCUCGCCACACUGCUCCUCGAGCAAAUGGUGGAGGGUCGCAACUACUCGACCGACUACUUUUGCCAAUCGAUUAUCGGCGCCCAGCGCACGUCGGUCAUUGUGCCCGGUCUGAAGGCAAGAACUGCAGAAGAAUUUCAAGAGCAUCUCGAGGCUGCGGUUGCGGCCAAGAUUGUCACCACGGAGCCCGGCUUCAAACCAGGUGUGCGACACAUCCGUCUUCAUCCUAGACUUGUUCGUCCCGGAUCGAAAACCAGCGUGACCGAUCGCGAAGACGACGACUCGGAAGAUGCUGAGGCCCACGAUGGGUCGAACAGCCAGCCUCGCUUCAGAACAAACCUUUUCUCGUUCGGCAGAAGCAUAGACGCGAAUACAAGCGCAGGUGAAAACCCACGACAAGCAGAAGAUCUAGAGGCGCUGCGCAAAGAGACGAGCCAAUUACUCGCGUCUUUGCAGCGCUCCACCUCUGCAGAGGGUGCCACCGCUUCUGGACCUGUCCCCGCCGACGACGCAGGCCGCUUUCGUCCGCUGAUCGACAGCCUAGUGGCCCUGACUGGUGACAGCGCUGUAGCAGUAACAAAGACGAAGCUGUCGAGCGAGGUCGCUAAGCGCAACCCUGGACCGGCUGGCGUUGGUGCUUUCUACCAGUCGCUUGGCUCGACAGGUUUUACCGACUAUCUUCAGCAGGCGAAAGAAAAGGGCUUGGUCAAGAUUGCUGAUGCAGACGGAAACGUGCUGUCGGAUUCCAGCACGUUACUUGGCUUAACAGAUUACACUGUCUCGCUGUAA